GGCUCAUUUCCAGUCCUAGUCGAUGAUCAAAGACUGGAACCGCAGUUCAGUCCUCGGACACGAUGAACAUAAUCCUGGCAAUUCUGCUCCCUUUUGUGGGCUUGACAUCCGCUUUGAAAUUAGCGCAACCCUGCCAACCAGAAGUAUGCAAAUUGCCGAUGUGCAAAUGCAGUACGACCAGCAGUGGGAGCAACAUUACGGAGGCAAACAUCCCCCAGAUCGUUAUGCUAACAUUCGACGAUGCUGUCACCGGGCUGACGUACGACAUCUUUAAGGAGAUCUUUUUCGGCCUGAAAAAUCCCGACGGGUGUCCAAUCGGCAUAACUCAUUUCCUGUCCCACGAGUACACCGACUACACGAGAGUCCACGAUCUUUGGAAAAGGGGCCACGAGAUAGCGCUGCAUUCGGUUUCACACACCGCCGACCACGACUACUGGAAGAACGUUAACUUGACAACAUUCAAGGCUGAAUUCGGCGACAUGAGGGAAAUAACCAGCCAUUUCGCGGCGAUCCCUCGGAGUGACAUCAGAGGCAGUCGUCUGCCAUUCCUCCAGACUUCUGGGAACGUCAGUUUUCAAGGUUUGCUGGAGCUUGGCUUGGCCUACGACAGUUCUUUGCCCACCAGACGUUACAUCGACCCAGCUUUGUGGCCCUACACACUGGAGUACGAGAGUCUCCAAGACUGCAACAUCCAGCCUUGUCCAACUGCCAGCUUCCCAAACAUUUGGGAAGUGCCCAUGACGAUGUGGCUGGACGAAAAAGAAGUUCCCUGCAGCAUGGUCGACGCCUGUACCAAUAUACCCGACAAGACGAAUUUAACAGCUGGUUGGAUGUUGCAACAAUUUAAUCGUCACUAUCGGGGUUCGAGGGCUCCGUUUCCGGUCUUCAUGCAUGCUGCGUGGUUUUUCAGAAACCCGGAAUAUCUUGAAGGUUACAAAUUAUUCCUGAAGCAGCUACAAGAAUUGUCCGACGUUUAUUUAGUAACUGUUAACAAAGCCAUCGAGUGGGUGAAAAAUCCAAAACCCCAUGGCUACAAGAAACCAUUUGGGGAAUGUGAGAUUAGAGUCCCGAUAAGGGAUUGUCACCCUUUAAACUGUGGCUUGAAAAUGUCGUCCGGCGAGGAGAGAUGGAUGAAUUCUUGCGUUGACGAAUGCCCCAUACAUUACCCAUGGUUAGGAAAUCCUUUGGGAAAAUGAACAUUCCAUGAAAAAAUAAAUACAGACUAGAUUCCAAGAAAUAUUAAUACUCGAUGUGUUAGUAACUGUUAGGUUAUUACGUUGUAACAAACGUUAUGCUAUUUGUUAGUUUUAAGUUACGUAAAUGUUAGGUCUGGUGUUCGCUGGGUAGCUCCCUAGAGUGUCCUGUAUGCAUUUGUCAAUUGCCAAGUUCAUUUCAUGGCCUUGAUCGUUGACAAAAUGUGACGUCACAAUAGAAGAUCCCUUUUUGGAAGGUAAUUUCGUAACGGCCGGUGUCGACGGUAAAUAUUGGAACAUGGCGUGCAGUAUUCCGGCGGCUCUACGAACACGCUCCUUGCACCAUAAAACCCAAAGCCAAUCUCCGUCCAGGGCUAUUAGAGGCACCAUUAAACGGUAAGCAACAGGGAAAAUGUAGGCUGGAUCUCGUCCAAUGACUGUAAAACGAUCCCUCGAAGAAUCGGGAAACUAUGGGAAAUAAAUGCGUAUCUAUGGUUAA